AUGUUGCCCUACAUAGACCAGAUAUUCGAGCUGCCAGCUCGGCUCACUGGCGCAUCAAUUGAUGAGCUCAAGCUGAUCGGCUCGUUCCUCCUCUCCUACCCGCUCGCCGCCCUGCUCAAGCGCAUUCCCGAUGCCCAACCCUGGAAAAAGAAUGCAUUCAUUAUCAGCGUGUCCCUGUUCUAUCUGGUUGGCCUGUUCGACCUCUGGGAUGGUCUACGCACCUUGAUGUACAGUGCUGCGGGCACCUACGUGAUCGCAUACUAUGUGGACGGGUCUCUGAUGCCGUGGGUUGGGUUCUCCUUCCUCAUGGGCCAUAUGUCGCUUAACCACAUCUACCGUCAGAUGGUCGAUGACGCACACUCAGUUGAUAUUACCGGAGCGCAGAUGGUUCUUGUCAUGAAGCUCACCUCGUUCUGCUGGAAUAUUCACGACGGCCGUCUUCCCCAGGCUCAGCUGUCGGAUCCGCAGAAGUACUCUGCUAUCUCCAAGUUCCCUGGCAUCUUGGAUUACCUGGGCUAUGUGAUGUUCUUCCCCUCGCUUUUCGCCGGCCCCUCUUUCGAAUAUGUGGCCUACCGCCGCUGGCUCGAUACCACACUAUUUGAAGUCCCGCCUGGAACUGAUCCGUCCAAGGUGCCACCUACACGGAAGAAGCGCAAGAUCCCUCGCAGUGGAACCCCUGCUGUCAAGAAGCUGGCGAUUGGAUUGGCAUGGAUUCUUGCCUUCAUCCAGCUAGGCGCCUACUUUACCACCGACUUUGUGCUUUCAGAUGCAUUCCUGCAGUACUCUUUCCUGCGUCGUGUGUUUACCGUACACAUGGUUGGCUUCACAGCGCGUCUGAAGUACUACGGUGUCUGGUCUCUGACCGAGGGUGCCUGUAUUCUGUCCGGCAUGGGAUACAACGGCUUUGACCAGACUACGGGCAAAGUCUUCUGGAACCGACUGGAGAACGUUAAUCCCUGGGGUCUGGAGAUGGCGCAAAACUCGCACGCCUACCUAGGCAACUGGAACAAGAACACCAACCACUGGUUGCGUAACUACAUAUACCUGCGAGUUACCCCCAAGGGCAAGAAGCCCGGAUUCCGCGCCAGCAUGGCAACCUUUGCCACCAGUGCCCUCUGGCACGGUUUCUAUCCAGGAUAUUACAUGACAUUUGUCCUGGGAUCAUUCAUCCAAACCGUGGCGAAGAACUUCCGCCGCUACGUCCGCCCCUUCUUCCUUACCCCAGAUGGCUCAGCUCCAAUGCCAAACAAGCGCUAUUACGACAUCCUCAGCUGGCUCGCCACCCAACUAACCCUCUCCUUCGCCGUCCUCCCCUUCAUCCUCCUAAGCUUCGAUGACUCAGUAACUGUCUGGUCGAGAGUCUACUUCUAUGGUAUCGCCGGCACACUCUUCUCCCUAGUGGCAUUUGCUUCCUUCUCCCCGUUGAAGGGCUACCUCGUUUCAACACUGAAGCGUCGCACGCGCCCCAAUGUCGGACGAACCGUCAGCACUGACUCGGUGCGUCCUCCUGUACUGGGCUUCCCUAAUGAUCCUGAACGCGACUUCGAUGAGGCGGUCCAGGAGAUCAAGGCUGAGAUUGAGGCUCGGGGGAGACGCGGUAGUGUUGUUACCAUGCCUACCGGGGAGGAGCUGAAGGCUGCCGUUGAGGAGAAGAUUGGGCGGAAGCUGUAG